GGCGACAGAUGCAGCCUCUCCCACCUCGCCAGUCUCUUGCAUCCAUUCCUACGCUAAACGCGUCACUGCCAGUAAAAGCGUUUGUUUGAUAUGUGGACCAGGCAAAUCAGGGCAGAAGAAUGAAAAUGCUUCGGUUUCGUAGUCCAAGCCUCCGCUCUCUGGAUCAAGAGAUCCAGGUCACGAUUCGGUUACUGGACGACUCUGAGAUCUCGUGCAGCAUCCAGCUCGUUCUCUCUUUCUCUCACUCAAUCUCUCUGCAGAAGAAACUGGUGCUGACGUUCCACACCUCUACCCCAGCGGCGUGUAAACAUUUGUGGAAGUGUGGGGUGGAGAACCAAGCAUUUUACAAAUGUGCAAAGUCAAGCCAGAUCAAGACUGUGUCCAGCAGUAAUAUUUUCUUCAAGGGAAGCAGGUUUCGGUACAGUGGAAGAGUUGCAAAAGAAGUAAUCGAAGCCAGCUCCAAGAUCCAGAGAGAAUCACCGGCGGUGCAUCGGUUACACUUUGGGCAGAGCAGAAGCUUCAACUCACUGAGCCACAAAAACCUGAUCAUAAACAUGGAGCCUCUUGUCCCAGCACUGCCCUCCACCAAUGAGUAUGAAGAGACCUCGGCAGACAAUGGUAAGAGCACGCACCGGCGGACUUGGGUGAGGAGCUGGGUGAGGGGCUGUGUGAGGAGCUGGUUAAGGAGAUGGGUGAGGAGCUGGUUGAGGAUCUGGGUGAGGAGCUGGGUGAGUGGCAGGGUGAGGAGCUGGUUAAGGAGAUGGGUGAGGAGCUGGGUGAGGGAGCUGGGUGAGGAGCUGGGUGAGGGGCAGGGUGAGGGGCAGGGUGAGGAGCUGGGUGAGGGGCUGGGUAAGGAGCUGGUUGAGGAGCUGGGUGAGGGGCUGGGUGAGGAGCUGGUUGAGGAGCUGAGUAAGGGGCUGGUUGAGGAGCUGGUUGAGGAGCUGGUUGAGGAGCUGGGUGAGGGGCUGGGUGAUGAGCUGGGUGAGGGGCUGGGUGAGGAGCUGGGUGAGGGGCUGAGUAAGGGGCUGGGUAAGGAGGAAGAGGAGAUCCUAGGUGUGGGUUGUGGGGAGGUUCUGGAGGAGCGGGGAGAUGCGGUGCGCUGCCGGUUAAAGAUCACCACCAGUCACAACCUGCAGCUCCGCAUGGCCAACCACACGGCCCGGGACAUCUAUGUACGCCUGCUCGGCCACGGGGAGCGCAUCUCUGGGACCGGACUACUGGCUCUGAAGGACUCUGUUCACUUGUCCCCCCUGAAGCCAUCUACCACCCCCACGGAACGAGAGCUGGAGUGGCUGGAGGGCUCUGCUCUGGGGCAGCACAAGGAGGAGGAGGCCCCUACCAGGGCUGGGGGGGAGGCAGAGGGGGAGGAAGAGGAUGAGGAGGAAGAGGAGACGAGUGGAGUCCUGACCAUCUCUGAGUUGGUGUACAACCCCUGUGCCAGCAUGCUGCCCACGCCGGUGGACGACGGCCAGGGAGGGGUUGACCUGCUGUUCCAGAGCCCCAUCCAGAGCCCUGCUCGCCUGCUGAGAGAGCUACAUGCUGACCCUGACAUCCAGGCCCAGCUGGUGGCCGAGAGGGUGCGUGACCGUGCCUUCGAGCGUGCACGUGUGGUGGGGAGGACCAUGCUAGGUAGCGGGCUUCGCCUCCUGACGAGGAAUGAGCGGGUGAACACGUGUGUGCUGAGCGCGGUCCGCCUCAUCGCCAUGGUGAUAGGGGUGCUACUGGUUGCCGUACCGAUGCUGCUGCUGCUGCUGGAGUCGGACAUAGACGUGUCGUUUUUGCACGAGAUCAGGCAGACACCUGAGUUUGAGCAGUUCCACUACGAGUACUACUGCCCACUGCGCCGCUGGAUCCUCUGUAAGACCAGCAUGGUCAUGGAGAGGCUGGGAUGGGACUGAAGAGAAGAGGAGACACAAGAGUGGAAAGAGAAAUGGAGGAGUAGGAAGAGGAGGAAAAUUGAGGGAGGGUUGCUUUCACUCUGUACCAUGUUUCUGUCUGCUCGCUCCUGAUGCUGACACGCUGAUGGGUAUUUGUUGGGAUUGGACAGUGAUUUUCUAGUAGGUACGAGACAUAUAUGUCUCUGGAGCUCAUUUGAUUGACUCUCCUCUUCAUAACAGAGUCAAUGAUUGAUCCCAGACACUGUCAGUAAUGGCGGAGUGGGUGGGACAGAGAGAGAACAUAGAUCUGAGAGCAACCCUAUAUCACUGGCAACAUAACAGCCACAGCCUACAGAUAGAUACACUACAUGACCAAAAGUAUGUGGACACCUGCUUGUCGAACAUUUCAGUCCAAAAUCAUGGGCAUUAAUAUGGAGUUGGUUCCCCUUUGCUGCUAUAACAGCCUCCACUCUUCCGGGA